UUUGUAACAAAUUUAUUGUUGUAUGUAUUAAAAACUUCAACUUUUCUGAAUAGAUUUAAGACUAUAAUGUUAUAAUAUAUUUAUUAUUCAAGUAAAAUACCUGGACAAUCUGUGUUUUAUAAUUUCUAAAGGAAUGUAAUUUCAUGAUAAAAUUAAAAUAGAAAACAUUGCACAUUGAAAAUGGAGGUGUCUAAUAACACCGACGCUGUAAAUCUUGGCGUUGGUGAAGUCGAAGCAGAAAUUGGAGAAGAAUUAAAACAGUUAGAAGAGGGUAAAGAUUAUGAUACUCGAAGCGAAGUAUCUAGUUCUUCAUCAAGUGAUUCGAGUACGCCAAGCAUAAGUACAGUCAGCAGCAAUAAGUCUAAAGUUAGACGUGCUAAUCGUAAACGUACUAAAUCUGACAGCCAUUCUCCUGUUCAGACCAAGCGACGUUGUGUUACUUCGACUAAUUCAAAGAUCAAAACCUAUGACUAUAUGACAAAACUAAAUUACUUAUUUAGAGAUACACGGUUCUUUCUUAUAAAAUCAAACAAUGCCGAAAAUAUAACACUGUCAAAAGCAAAAGGUGUAUGGUCAACUUUACCCCAAAAUGAAGCAAAUUUAAAUCAAGCUUUUAGAGAAUCUAGAAAUGUGCUACUAAUAUUCUCUGUUAAAGAAAGCGGUAAAUUUGCUGGUUUUGCUAGACUAGCAAGUGAAUCUCGUAGAGAUGUCCCUCCAAUAUCUUGGGUACUUCCUCCUGGACUUUCUGCAAAAGUUUUAGAUGGAGUAUUCAAAGUGGAUUGGAUUUGCAGAAAAGAACUGUCCUUUAGCAGUACACUUCAUUUGUACAAUCCCUGGAAUGAGGGUAAACCUGUGAAAAUUGGCAGAGAUGGUCAAGAAAUCGAACCUAAGGUUGCUGAAGAAUUGUGUAGACUAUUUCCUGAAGAUGAGGGCAUAGAAAUGACACCCAUAUUAAGAAAAUCUAAAGAGGCUUCUAAGAAAGCUUAUUUAAAGAGCGGGGGUAGCUAUAGGACGUACAGAGCACCUUUGGCCUCCAGAGGAACAAGCUACAGAAAUCGAAUGAAUUCAUCUUCAAGAAGCCGAAGAAAGCCCUUUAUUUCCCCCAGGAAUCGAUUAGGAUCUUCCUCUUUUAAGAGGAGAUCACCAUCACCAUAUAUGAGAGAUCGAUUACCUUCAUGGUAUGCACGUAACCGUGAAACUUAUAACAAUACUGGCUCUGCCGCAGCAGAAGCAUAUGUUGCAGAAUACAUGCGCUCUAUGCAUCAUCAACUGCCUCCAUUGCCAUAUGUACCUCCACCUGGAUUUAGCGGGGCUAUUGCUACAUAUGAAGGCUUGCCACCUCCACCACCACCACCAAGAUACUAUGAUUUAGCUGAUUAUCCUCGUUCAGUCCUUGUUUAUGACAAAAGGUCAUAUGAACGUUCAGUAGAUGAAUUUUUAUGGCGAACCUCUGACCGCUCACAUGGUCGCAGUCGGGAACGUGAAUCACAUAGAUCAUAUAGAGAUCGUCGUUAAAGUAAAUAUACCACCGAUGUAUUAAUUAUUUUAUGAAUGCUAAUAAAAAGUUGUGUAUGAACUUUGAACUUUAUUGCCUUUACAAGUGUUGUGACAAACUUUAUACAUUGGGAACAUUCUUUGAAGUUCUGGUGGACUGUUAAAAAAUUCUUUUUUUCUUUAUCAAAGACUGUCUAAUAUUAAAAAUUGUGAAGUGAACAGGGUAUAGAAGUGCUAUAAAAAUUAUCAAUGGACUUAAACAAAUAGCAUACAUAUGUUAAAACUAUUUGUUAAACUAGCCUACUUCCUAAAAAUGGCUUAAAUUAUUACUUAAAUUUUCAGCCUGAAAUUUAACUAUAUUAGUUUGUUUGUAUAAAAAAUAUUUUAAAAUUAACAAGACUUCUGCUAAGUGUAAGGGGCUGUGUCAAUCUGUGAUAUUAGAAGACUGACUAAAUAUUUAAUAUUAAUAAUAUGUAUAAACUUUUUUUUUGUUUUUAAACUAUCUAAAUUUAGUAAAAAAAUUGUAUAUUUCAUACAUUAACCAUUUUUUCUAAGUUUAUUAGUUUAGGUUGGGGAUAGUCAGAGUGCAGCAAGCACCGGGAUAUGCUCUACUAAAAUUGUAGCUUGCUGUAGAAAAAAACGAGAUAUUCAGGAAACUACUACUUUUUAAUAGUCUACAGAAAAGUAGACAAAUGUAAAAGGAACAUUUUACAAUAAGAUGACGACAUGCUCUACAAAAGACAACUGGCUGCAUUUCUACCUUUUUUUUACAUUUACUAUGUUCAUUAAUUGCUUUUAUGAAAGAUGACGAUUACUCAAUUCGAGAUGCAAAUUAAGAUUUUUUUUACAAGCAAUCGAAAAUCGCAAAUAAACUUUAUUCCUUACAAAAACUAUUAGAUCAACAACAACAAACAUUUAUAGGAUUCUAUUAAAUCUAUUAUUUUGUUUUAUAAAAGCAAUCAAAAAGAACCAGCUAGAAACUCAGUGGCUGUUAUUUUUUCGAUUUCAAUCAAUUACAGUAAAAUUUAUAUUUAUAUUUUUUGGCUGAAUCAAUCAUGAAAAUGUCACGCUUUUUAUCACCUCCCUAUAUUAUAAUCAUUUGUCGAGUAAUAUAAUUAUUUUUAUUCAUUGAUAAAUUUAAAAUUAUCUCCAUAAUCUAAUCUUGUUAUAGAAACAAAUAACAUGUCCCAGGAAUAAUUUAUUGAUAACUUGCACUAUUAGCUUAUCCCUACUUCUACUACGUGCCUAUACUUACUGUGAUUAUCACUGGUUCUUCCAAAAUUGUCCUUAUUAUUUC